CAAAACAUGGUUGUCUGUAUUUUAAUCAGAUUGAAAUUCAACAAUUCAACUACUGUUUGGUGUAUUCAAAAUUGUAAGACACUUUGACUGGUAAUUGUGUGGGCCCCCUCCCCUCGCUGCAAUUAUUCUAUAUCGAUCAUUAGUUGCCUCUAAAAAGUCUCGACCAGGGCGGAUAAGCCCCAAAUUUUUUCGGCCAUUUUUUGUGUUUUUUUUUUAUCUUCACUCAAUUAUCAUCACCCCACCAUUUAGACAUCCCCAUCUCCUAAUUAUCACUCUCUCUCUCUCUCAUCCUUUUCUCUUUUCCAGUCGGAAUCAAACGAUAAGUUGCAAUCUAAGUAGCUCACCACUACAACAUGCCAUGCCUCCUUGUUUGUAUCACAAUAUUCCACUUCUUUUCAUGUACUUGUUCUUCUUCUUGAUAUAUAUCUUCUACUUGUACCCAUAGGAGAGAAAUUCUUGAUUGUUAUGAAGUGUGAGGAAAUCAGCAUCCCUCCCUAUUUCAGGUGCCCCAUAAGCCUUGACUUGUUCAAAGAUCCAGUCACUCUUUGGACCGGCCAGACUUACGACAGAUCAUGCAUAGAAAAAUGGCUUGCUGCCGGCAACUCUACCUGCCCUGUCACAAUGCAGAAGCUCCAUGACUCCUCAUUGGUGCCUAACCACACGCUUCGCCAUUUGAUCCACGACUGGCUCAGCCUCCACUCCAAUGGCUACAGCUCCCUCGACCACAAACAAACUUCCAUUGCUAGAAUCAAGCAAAUCAUUGAGUCGGAUGAGUUGGCGUUGGCGACUAAGCUUCUUGCCUUGGAAGAGCUUCAAUCCCUCUCCCAAGACCUGCCUCACAAGAAUUCUUGCUUGAUCACACUCGGAUUUUUUCAGAUGCUGCUCCACCAAAUUCUCGGAAAUGCCGAGUGUAAUGUGAUGCUUGUCGAGAAAGCUCUUUCAUGUGCUUUAAACCUGAUGCCCUUUAGCGAGUUGGGGUGUUUGAAUAUUGCAUUGAAACAAGACUCCAAGUAUGCAGUGUUCCUCUCUCUGCUCGAAAACGGCACCGUUUUCGUGAAGAAAGGCUUAUGCCUUAUAAUUGAGGCAGUUUCAUGGGAGCCGCAAACGAAAGCUCUCUGCGAAGAGCUCGGAAAAUCCGACAGAAUCGUGCGUGCGAUCGUCGACAUAGUUGAAUCCGAGGCUGUGGAGGCAGCUAUCAGAGCGCUGUCGGCGCUGUCCUCGGUGGAGUCGAACCGCGAGAAGAUUGCGAGCCACGGCGCGGUGGAAGCGCUGGUGGCGUGUUUAUCGUCAGCGCAGAAAAGAAGCACGGCGGCGGCGGCGAUGUCGGCGAUGGAGAAGCUCGCGUCGGAGAGGAGUGCGAAGGAAGCGUUGGUGAAUCAUCCAUGGGGGGUUAGGGCGGUGGUGAAAAUGGUGUUCAGAGUGUGCGAGCAUGAAGGGAGCGAGAGCGCGGUGAAUUCGCUGCUGAAAGUGUGUGGGGAAUGCGAGAGAGCGAGGGAGAAGGCGAUCGGUGAAGGAGUGUUGACGCAGUUGCUGCUGCUGCUGCAGAGCCAGUCCGGGGCGAGGACCAAGGCUAAGGCCACACAGCUGCUGCACUUGCUUAGAUCCACAUGACUUCAUCUUCUAAUUCUAAUACCUACCUACUCAUGUGUUUCUUGGAUUAUGCAUUUUUCAUGUGCUAAGAAAAUGUAAUUUUCUAUCACUCAAACAUUUUGGUAAAACUUGAAUGUUGAUUUACAUCAAGAA